CACAAACACUUGGUGUUUCAUUAAUUCUCUCAUCGUCUCGACGAUAUCGAGAUGUCUGGUGUGUGGGUGUUCAAGAACGGUGUGGUUCGCCUGGUUGAAAACCUGGCGGUGGAGUCUCUGGACGGAAGUAGUCGACAAGCGUCGACCACCAGGCGCAAGGUUUUGGUUCACACGCCAACUAACGAGGUAAUGACGUCUUAUGCAGUUCUUGAGCAGAAGCUGUUGGAGCUGGGAUGGGAGAGGUAUUACGAUGACCCAGACCUGUUCCAGUUCCACAAGCCAUCCACGAUUCACCUCAUUUCUCUCCCCAGGGAUUUCAGCAGAUUCAGGUCGAUGCACAUGUAUGACAUUGUUGUCAAGAAUCGUAACAGAUUCGAAGUUAGAGAUGUUAUGUAAUGUCACCCGUCGUCGAUUGGACCUGCUUUGUGCGCUGCCCUUGCGUUUGGUUAUGUGUAUGUUUUGUUGUGUCUCCAACUCCAUCCACCAUCUUAUUACUAUGCUUAUUUAGAUCGCUCAUGCUGGUCUCAUCUUUCAUAUGUGUUUGUCCUUUGUUUCGUUUACUAGUCUUUCUCUUUUGCGGGUGGUAUCUCUCUCCUAUAUUACGUACUGUGAAAUAAACAACACAGGGUUUGAGUUGAGUACUGUUUGGUCUGCUGUUUUUGUGCACCUUGAUAGUUUGGUUCAGCAAUAAAAUAUGGGUUUGAUUUGGUUU